CCUUGGUGAGUAUUAUCGUUAUCCAUAAUUACAUUACAUGUUCUGAAGUUUCCCCUUGUCACAGUCUGUCAACUCUACCGCCAUUAGUGCAUCGUCUGCUCCAUCGCUGGUGUCUGCAUCUGUGUUUUCAUCUGUCAACUCAUCAUCGGCUGUCGUUACAUCGAGUGCUUCCUUGGGGGGAGAUCGAAAUUUAACAAUUUCCUCAAUACUGUCCUCUUCACCCUCGUCCGUCGCCUUGUCAACAUCCACGUCGAGUCCAAUAUCGAGCGCUUUUAGUUCCAGCUCUAUUCAGAGAAUAGCAGCAUCAUCCUCAUCCUUGAUUCAGACUGAAGCCGCUAAAGUUCCUGCAAACGCAACAUUAACUAGUGUCCAACUGUCAUCCCAGCCCACCACAAGUUCCACAUCCGUUAUCUCUAAGGCUAGUAUGUCGUCUUCUUCUGCUUCUGUCACCUCCACGACAACUGGAAGUGGUGAUGAUUCGGCACCGACCAACAUCAGUAACUCGUCGACUUCCUCCGCUUCAAGCACAACGACCGCCACCGCUACUACCAGCUCCGAACGCUUGAGCAGUUUAUCUUCGUCCGCCCCCUCUGACCCAACUUCAAGUUCCCAAUCUGAUUUGCCAUCAAGUUCUGGAACUUCUGCUGGUUCUUCUACACAAGCGGCGAAUGGUCCAAGUUCUACUCCGCCUGUUCCAUCUGGUCAAUCUCAAAGCAGUGUGGAUGGAGGACAAGUCGCUGCCAAUAGCGCCGGUUCCAUAGGAACAGCAGGAUCCACCUCAGUUGAAGUUGUCACUACUCAGACCUUCCCGAGUUCGACUGUGACAAGUACCAUAACAGGGCACCCUGAUUCCACGCUCUCGACACCUAGCGGGAUCACCGUCUCCUCUAAUGGGCGCCUCUCAACCACGUUCCCUGCUUUGAUAACGGUUGUUUCUACGUCCACGAACGCCAAUGGAGCGGAAACGGUUUGGACGUCGAUUGUAGCCAACCCGACGAACGAGGUCUCAGGGGAUGUUGCGGACGCUCAUUCAUUCCUCCAUAACGAGGGAGCAGUUGCCGGCGUAUUCACUGUCGUUGGCAUUGCGUUCACGGCCGCUGUGGUUGCGAUUUUCAUGAUAUGUCGUCGUAGACGUCGGCGAAAGAUUAGAAGGAACCAAUGGAUCGAUAAUAUCCAGAAACGUCUCCCUGAACCAGAGGAUCCGUUUGAAAACCCCCGCGAGGCUCCAGUGAUGCGUUCCAUGAGCCAAACUAGUCGGAACGAGCAACAUUACCACUUCCAAUCACCAUCCCCGACGACAGCCCAACCUUUCUUCCACAGCGGCAAUCCGUGGGAUAUUGAUGAGGAGUUCCGUUCACCUCCGGGAGGUAUCGUUCAGUCCAACUCACUAGGCCUCACUUCGAUCGAUGCGACCCGUAUGAGUCCGUUUAGCGACUCCCAGUAUCCUCAUCAGGAACAUAUUGGUUUGGCAGUCACUACCAGCAGUCCUCCUGCUCACCAGUCCCGCCCUUCGCUCGCUCAAUCUAGUCCUUCGAUAUAUCCUCCAAGUAUACCUCUUCCCAAUGACAAUGCUAGUGUAUACGAAGACAUUGAUUUAAUGGGUCAAUCCAAUGAGCCGACAGUAACAAUCCCAAACCCGUAUAUUUAUCCUAGUGAGGCUGUCGCUGGUCCUCCGAGCCCGAUCAGCCCCGGUGACGGACCGUUUGACGAUCUAUACAGUAUCAAGCCUCUCGUGCCUACUCCUGUUGCUGGAUAUCCUCCGCCUCCCGUGGCAUUGCCCGGGCCCAGGGCUUCAACUGCACCGCUCCGGCCUACUCGUUCGGCAUUGCGAGAAGCGUCUAAGGUCAGGGAAAAUCAUCAAACCCUAGCCACUCCUCCACCUUCCCUUUCUGGACAUGAGAACUCAGCACCGGACGUAACGGGUAGAGAUGCGGACUCGCCCAGCCCCAGCGCGACUAGUGGUCUGUCAUCGACUGAAGCAGUAACCCCUGGACCUCAGUAUUCUUCUAGCACCCAAACUAAUCAGAAACAGCGUCCUCGUUCUGCGUCCAAAAGUAUAGAGGACAUUGUAAUGAGACGGACAUUACUUGAUGUUCGUCCUCGAAGUCGUGAUAAUGUACAAAAUUCUGGAAGGAUGUGAUUUCUGAUUCCACACACACUGAGUGUAUGCUUAUCAUGAUAUAUGGAAGACGGCCCCGUUGCGCUGAUACGAGGCUGGGGCAUGAGAACUUCAGGAGUUGUAAUUUUACAAUCAGCUGUAUUUGUUCAUUCUUGAUGUGAUAUCUAUGACUGCGAUAUAACGGCGUUAGACGUCGUGUUACACAGG